AGAAGAGGGCAUUUCUCUUCAGGCUUCUGCAUGGACAGCUGAAACAGGACCCCCGCUUGCAUUCCAGCUGCUAACUGCAAUAGCAGAUUGACUCACUGCAAGUGAAACGAGCAGAAGCCGAGCCCUCUGAGAACAGACAAAAACCAUGGCCAGUAAAAUCCAGGGUUUGAGUGAGGAGGAGAGGGACCACUUACUCCCCCUGCUACGGAACGCCCAAUGGGUGGAGGUUGUGGGCAGGGAUGCCAUCUACAAAGAGUUCAUCUUCAAAGACUUUAACCAGGCCUUUGGUUUCAUGUCCAGGGUGGCACUACAAGCUGAGAAGAUGGACCAUCACCCUGAGUGGUUUAACGUGUACAACAAGGUCCAAAUCACACUCAGCACACACGACUGUGGGGGCCUCUCUCAGAGAGACAUCACUUUGGCUACCUUCGUUGACCAAGCAUCGGUCCUCUAAACAACACGUGGACUGCUGCCAUUUCAGUUGAUCAUUUCAGUGGUGGAACCCAGAGCAGAGCCUGCCUAUUAAAUCGCUCUCCAUACAUUCAUUCAGAUGACUAACCUUUAACAGGAAAUUAUCAAACAGGAAAUUACAUCACAGAAUCCCAAUUAAUAUUUAAUGUUUACAGGUCACUUUUAAUUCAAACAUUUUGCUGGUGUGGUGUUUGUUGCUUGACUGAUGAAGCCAAAUAUACCUUUUUAAAAAUUG